AGUGUUCUCUGUUCUCGGUCGGGGAUUGUGGAUUAAGAGACCCCGAAACCAAAACACCAUCCUGUGUCUCCCCCUUUCAGUAGUUUAAACUCGACCGGGUGGGGACAGAGAGGCUCAUCCGGGGCCACAGAUUUCAGGGAAAGGAGGUGGGAUGACGUAAGAUCACGUGACUGCCGGCGGCGUUGUCAACAAUCCACCCCUGAGGGGGAGGGGACGAAGUAUCUAGAACCACGUGUCCCUAUGACGAUAUUAGAACAGAUCACGUGGGAGCGUCGCCUGAAUCUCAGCCAUUCUAAUUCUCUCCAGUAUAUAGCUAAAGAUGAAGACAUACAGAAGAAUCUGGGCUUGAAAAUGGAGAUGUAUGAAACCCUCGGAAAAGUGGGAGAAGGAAGUUAUGGAACAGUCAUGAAGUGUAAACAUAAGGAUACUGGGCAGAUAGUGGCCAUUAAGAUAUUUUAUGAGAAACCAGAGAAAUCUGUCAACAAAAUUGCAACGAGAGAAAUAAAGUUUUUAAAGCAAUUUCAUCAUGAAAACCUGGUCAAUCUGAUUGAAGUUUUUAGGCAGAAAAAGAAAAUUCAUUUGGUGUUUGAAUUUAUUGACCACACAGUAUUAGAUGAGUUACAACAUUAUUGUCAUGGACUAGAGAGUAAACGACUUAGAAAAUACCUCUUCCAGAUCCUUCGAGCAAUUGAGUAUCUUCACAAUAAUAACAUCAUUCAUCGAGAUAUAAAACCUGAGAAUAUUUUAGUAUCCCAGUCAGGAAUUACUAAGCUCUGUGAUUUUGGUUUUGCACGAACUCUAGCAGCUCCUGGGGACAUUUAUACGGACUAUGUGGCCACACGCUGGUAUAGAGCUCCAGAAUUAGUAUUAAAAGAUACCUCUUACGGAAAACCUGUAGAUAUCUGGGCUUUGGGUUGUAUGAUCAUUGAGAUGGCCACCGGAAAUCCCUAUCUUCCUAGCAGCUCUGAUUUGGAUUUACUUCAUAAAAUUGUUUUAAAAGUAGGCAAUUUGACACCUCACUUACAGAAUAUAUUUUCCAAGAGUCCCACUUUUGCUGGGGUGGUCCUUCCGCAAGUUCAACACCCCAAAAAUGCAAGAAAAAAAUACCCAAAGCUAAAUGGAUUGUUGGCAGAUAUAGUUGAUGCUUGUUUACAAAUUGAUCCUGCUGAGAGGACAUCAUCUACUGAUCUUUUGCAUCAUGAGUAUUUUACUAGAGAUGGAUUUAUUGAAAAAUUCAUACCAGAACUGAGAGCUAAAUUACUGCAAGAAGCAAAAGUCAAUUCAUUCAUAAAGCCAAAAGAGAAUUCAAAAGAAAAUGAACUUAUGAAAGAUGAAAGAAAAACAACGUAUACUAAUACACUGCUAAGUACUCCAGUUUUGGGAAAGGAAGUGGAAAAAGAGAAAAAGCCCAAGGAGAUCAAAGUCAGAGUUAUUAAAGUCAAAGGAGGAAAGGGAGAUAUCUUAGAACCAAACAAGAUAGAGUGUGAAGGGGGACAUUGUCAACAGGAUGCCGUUGAAAAUGCUCAUACUAUGUCUCAAGAUACAAAACCUGUAAUCAAUGAACCACCAAACUCUGUCAAUCCCAGCACUAAUUCUAAUGGCAUGAAAGAUGAUCCACACGCUGGAGGUAGUAUGAUGAUGCCACCCAUCAAUCUAACUAGCAAUAAUUUGCUGGCUUCAAAUCCCAAUUCAAAUCUUUCCCAUCCCAACUCAAGGUUGACUGAACGAGCCAAAAAGAGACGUACUUCUUCACAAUCUAUUGGACAGGUUAUGUCUAAUAGCAGGCAAGAGGAUGCAGGUCCCACUCAAAGCCAAAUGGAGAAGAGUAUAUUUAGUGAGCGAACAGGUCAAAGUGACCAAAUGGCAAAUGGAAACAAAAGGAAGCUGAAUUUUUCCAGAUCUGCCAGGAAGGAAUUCCAUUUCCCAGAACUGCCUUUCACAGUACAGUCCAAGGAGGUGAAAGGAAUGGAAGUUAAACAGAUAAAAGUGCUGAAGAGGGCAUCAAAGAAAACAGAUUCAUCUAAAAUACCAACUUUACUUAAUGUGGAUCAAAAUCAAGAAAAACAAGAGCUGAAGAAUUCUGGAUUAUCCUUCAAGAUGUAGCUCAAGCAUCAGCUUCUGUGGAAAUACUUCCCAAGCCGCCCCAAGCAACAAGGCCGUUCCCCUUCUAUACAUGUUUAAUAAAUGAUUUGUUUAUCUGUCGGAAUGUCUGUCUUCCCCUGCUGGAGCAUAAGCUCAGUGGGCUAUGUUUUAUGCACCUCUGGGUUUUCCCCGCUUUUCCUCCACUUCUUCCCAUCACCUCUCCCCCAUGCCCAUCCCUAUACCUGCCAUGUGGUAAGUGCCAAUUAAAUGUUGCUUUUGGAACAGACAGCUAUAACGUUUGGGGUAUGGUCUCCUAGAAUUCUGAGAGCUGGGACUCAAACCCCUUUUUGCAUCUAUGAUACUUGAGAAAAUCUGAUGAAAGCUAAGAACCUUUUCCCCAGAAAAAACGCAUACAAGAGAAAACUCCCAAUUGUAUAGCAGUAAAGGUCCCCCCCACACACACACAUCUAACACAUACAAAAGUGAGUGCACGUAAAACUGGGGAAAUCUGAAUAUGGGUUGUAUCCGUAUCAAUGGCCAGUUGUGAUAUUGUAUUAUAGUAUUGCGAGAUGUUACCAUCGGGAAACCGGGAUCUCUCUGUAUUAUUUCUUACACCUGCAUGUGAAUCUAAAAUUGUCUCAAGGAGCACAGUGGCUCCUGGGUGGCUCAGUUGGUUAAAAGACUGCCUUCAGCUCCGGUCAUCAUCCCAGGAUCCUGGGAUCCCUGCUGAGUCUCCCUCUCCUUCUGCCACUCUUCUCCACUCGUGCUGUC